AUGAUAUUACUGGUCUGUCUUUUGUUUCUGAUUAAUGAGGCAUCCACUACUUUAAGUGAAGAUCUAAAGUGCGCACAUUUCAUCAAUUUUAGGGGACUUUUAUUCUCAUCUCAUCUCUCCAUCAUGUCCCAUUCGUCAACUUAUUUCGCAUAUGAAGAGCCUACUCCUGUGACCAUCUUGAUCUAUUCAGGUUUUAUUUUACUUCUUAAUGCUAUUAAGUUUGUUUUUGAUCGUUUAAUUAGUUGUGGUUUAGUUGGACAAAUCCUUAUAGGAGUCACUUUUGGAGUGCCAGGGUGUAAGUGGCUCACAUUGUCGGCACAGAAAACGAUAAUGCAACUUGGGUAUAUCGGAUUAACAUUGAUGGUUUACGAAGGUGGUUUAUCUACACCAUUUAAAACAAUGAAAGACAAUUUAUUUCUUUCACUAGGUGUUGCUAUUACAGGAAUAAUCACUCCCAUAGGAUUAAGUUUUACAUUGAUGAGUUUUUCAAAUGCAUCCCCCGUUGCAGCAUUUGCAGCAGGUGCUGCUUUAUGUUCUACAAGCUUAGGUACUGCUUUGACUGUCUUGUCAACUGCUAAUUUGAAGAUCACAAAGCUUGGUGUCCUAUUAACAAAUGCGGCGGUGAUUGAUGAUAUAGCAGGAUUGAUUAUGAUGCAGGUAGUUUCAAAUCUUGGAGAUGGGGAUUUUACGGCAGCAAGUGUGUUGCGCCCAGUGUUUGUUUCUCUAGGACUUAUACUCGUUGUUCUUAUAUUUUGUUACUUUGCACUUCUUCCAGUAACAAUUAGGGUAAUUCAAUUCGUAUCAUCUCAUUCUGGAUGGUUUAAAUCUUUAUCAGCAGAGAAGACAAUGUUUGUGGUGCAGACACUCAUCCUAAUUGGUUUGGUAAUUGGUGCUACUUAUGGAGGAGCUUCGGGUUUGACUGCUGCUUACGUUACCGGGGCUGCAAUUACGUGGUGGGACUCUGAAAUACUUCGUUUGAGAAACCUCCCAAUUUCCUCUGUCUCCAGUAUUAAUGAUGCAUCGCCAAAUGUCGAAAUAAAUUCUGAAAUAUCACGAGAAAGUACUACAGGUAAGUGGGUAACGGGUCAUUUUAUAUUUAAUAAGUUUUAUGCUGAAGUUUUCAAUAAAAUUCUCUGCCCAUUUUUCUUUGGUUCAAUUGGAUUUUCGAUUCCUAUAACGCAGAUGUUUACUGGUCGUCUAAUUUGGAGAGGGUUUGUUUAUGCGUUAUUGAUGUUUUUUUCGAAGUUGAUAUGUGGUCUUUGGGUUCUUGCAGUUGGUUAUUUUUCUAAGCGUCGAUCUACUGAAUCAGAAAAAGAUAUGGUUCAUAUUAGCAGCUUAUAUACUGCCGUUUUAUUGGGCUUGUCAAUGGUACCUCGGGGUGAGAUCGGGUUUUUGAUAUCUUCAUUAGCUGAAUCUAAAGGUGUUUUCUCCGAUGCACAAUCUAAUCAGAGCUCAAAGAGCUCUGAAAUUUAUAUUGUAGUUACAUGGGCUAUUGUGCUUUGUACAUUUUUGGGGCCCAUCCUGAUAGGGUAUGUCAUAAGAAAAGUCAAAAAACGAACUAACGAGCUGUUUGAUCCUUUGCACAAAUGGGGGGCAGGUGCAAAUAUAAGUUUAUAUUAA